UAUUCCAUUUUGUACUUCUAGCACGAUCCCAUCUCAUCCCCAACUCUGCCGGCGUUUGCUUUGCCAAUUUUGAAUCAACAGCUGCCGUUGGAAAUGCCCCAAGAUGUCCAGUAAGGAGCAGCUAGCAGCAGGCCGUGACUUCAAGAGGAACUCCAACGCCUACGCCAGUCUGCCGGCCACAGGCUCGUUGUCUGGAACCCCGGGAAAGCCCCGCAGCCGACAACAGCAGCUAGAAUCCGAGCAGUAUGGGCUCUCGCGCAGCUUGUCCAGCGAGUCGCUCCGGCAGGCCUGCACCUACUACGAGGACGACCUGAGUGACGAGGAUCUCAUCGAGAUUCGACAGACGCCGCAGAGCUUCCAUCAUCCGCUGGCAAAGGCCCAUCUGCACAUGCAACCCAUAAGCUUUAGGAUGGGCGAUGGGCAGGGAAAUACGGAUGAGACCAGUGCCUUUUGCGGCAGCCAGGAGAUGCAGCCGGUGUCACUGAGCACGCCCAUCAAGCAGGCCGCAGAAACAGAUGAAGCUCUCUGUGUGCUCAGCGAACUGGACGCCAUCCUAGAUGGGCACGAUGUCUCCCAACUGUUCGGAACUGGUUCGUCCUCCGGCAGCGACGACGACAAAGUGGAGGACUACCUCAUGGAUCUGGACAAUUAUCUGGAAGAAAUGGAUAAUGCUCUGAGCCGCGAGGAGUCGCUUAUAAUCAUGGACAGGAGCUGCAGCAAAACAGAGCCAAGAACCAGGACGCUGCCUAUGAGCAUGAAACAUAAAUCGAAUAAGAAACGCGGGGCCAACUUAGAAGCCACAUCGCAAGAGGAUUUCCAAAAGGAGCCCCAAAUAAAGAAAUCCUAUAGCUGUUCUUUAAGGGGCACGAGUCAACCAGCUUCUUCCAGUUCUAUCUUGGAGCCAGUAUCUGAGCCCAUAAGGGACGUAUGGCGGCGUCAGUCCAUGCGACGCGCCAUUGAGCACGAGGAAGAGGCCACCAAGACCACGAACAGCGAGGCAACGGAAGACGACCUGCCCACCUUACUGGUGGAGCUUCCACUGCGGCGGGAAGAAGCCGAAAUGCGACGCUGCUACUCCCAGAGCGAUUGUCAGGGUACGCCAGCCCAAGCCUCCAAUGGUUCUCAGAUGUUGACGGACGCCCACAUCUUUGACAACCUGCUGCAGGUGACGACAGCCCGAGCCUCCAGCGAGGAAGCACGUCCCCGCCAGUACGGCCGGCGCUUGGAGGGCCCACCCACGCCGGUCCGAUCCCUGGUUAUAGCCCAGAAUCGACCACAGAGUGCUCCGAACCGAGUGCCGGCCAGAGAGCGGCCGCCGCCACUGCAGGAAACACCAACGCACGCCUGUUCGGAAAUAAGUUCUGCGAGGUCUUCGCGAAUGCACAGCCCCGUGUCUCUUCCCUCGGACAGCAGCAGCAGUGGGAGCAGCUCUGCAGACCAAGACCAGGAACAGGAUGACCCGGUACAGACCACGACCAUAUGCAGCGCCACCAGCACCACGCCUCUGGAGCCAAUGCAGCACCCCCUCCAACUGCACGUCCGCGAAAAGUUCGGCUUCAACAGCCAGUGGCCACAUGCCGGAAGUCGGACCAUGGCGCUGAUUGGUUGCACCUUGGGAGUCUUCAAUCUCUGCCGCUUUGCCGUGCUGACCAUCAACUUUGGUGGCAACUUCUUGCUUCAGUUCCUAUUACUAUCCGUGAUCUUCGGCAUCCCAAUCCUCUGGCUCCAAAUGUGCUUGGGUGCCAAGAUUCGAGCAGGUCCUGUUUCCAUGUGGAAAAUAAGUCCAAUAUGCGCCGGCGUUGGCAUCGCCCUGGUAAUGGUCCAGUGCUUCUUGGCCUUGUACUCGACCGUGUCGUUGGCUUGGAUCUUGGUCUACUUGCGGGACGUUUUUCCAACAGCUUCGCGUUCGAACUAUCGCUGGCAGGAGCUGGCCUUUCCCUAUCGCUACGAUGCAUCGAAUUUUACCGGGAAUCUCACCCAGACCGUCGCCGAGUACUUCAAUGUGGUGGUGCUGCAACGGCUCCAUUUGACCAAGCAUCCGGAUGCAGGUGGCAUGCGUUUCCAUGUCAACGAUCGGCAGCUAGCUUUCUACUUGGCCCUGAUCUGGACAGCAGUUUUUCUCAUACUCUGCAAGGGAUUGAAGUCCUUCGGCAAGCUGUCCUACCUUAUCUACAGCCUGCCUCUGAUAACCCUUGCCGUGGUGACUGCAAAGUUUGCUUACGUCGUGGAUCCCAGAAGCUUACAGAAUGUCUUCGCUGCCAGUAACUUUGAUGACUUUAUAGUGAACUCCAACAGCUGGGCAGCGGCCACCCAGGAGACCUUCCUCACUUGGGGAUUGCUGGGAGCUUCGGUCAUUGCCAUAACCAGCAGAAGUCAUGCCAAUGCCGGCAAAGGAGCCUUGAGAAGAGAUGCCAUCAUCCUAGUUCUCAUAACCUUUCUGGGUCUGGGACUAAUGGCUAUUCUGGCUUUAUGCUGUGUCCAGAUUUUAUGGCAGCAUGGAUACGUUUAUGUGCCUGGAUCCUUCGAAAACGCAGAUUGCUAUACGUCCAUCUAUUCCCUGCAGGCGCACACUAAUCCUAACCUGCUCUCCUAUCCGCCUGCUUUGAUGCCGCACUACUCAUCCUUCAUUGGCGAGACUUACCGUAGGAACCUUACUGUGAUCCACGUAGAGAGUGGCUUCCAGGCCCUGCGCUUUAUAUCGGAGAUCUUUCCCGCCGUGCUCUCCCUGGCAAGCGAUAGUGUCUCGUGGGUUUGGGCAGCCGUUUCCUUUGGUUGCUUUGCCGGAUUCGGCCUCGCGCAACUCUGUGUGAUGUGGAAACCCAUUUCGAGUGCUUUGGGCAACUCUACCAGUUCCGUGCUCCUGAGCUGCGUGACUGGACUUCUACUCAGUAUUCCCUUUGCCACGGAAAUGGGGAUUUCCAUUUUGUACUACGUGGACUUUCUGCUGGGCGGCUCGUGGUUUAUUCCUAUUAUCUGGACAGCUCAGAUAUUUGGAGUGUUCCUGAUACGAGGACGUCCAUACAACGGCGAUGACCUGGUCAACGACCUGAGACUGUGCGGCUCUAUGUCAGCCUUUCUGGCUCUGUCCUGGAACGUUCUACUGCCCAUUGGCCUGAUUACGCUUUCUGUAAUUGAUUACAAAGCCUCGCUCUCCAACCAGUUCUACUAUUGGCGUGGAAAAUCCUACUUCUCCUACUGGUCAAGGAAAAUGGGAAGCCUCAUCCAGAUUGGAGUGCUGCUUGUUAUCCCUGUGACGGCCAUUAUUCAAAUCUACCGAUACCUGAGCAAGGGUCCCCCGGAUAUACUAGAGCGUAUUCAGCUCCUAUAUCGGCCUCCAGAAGAGGGCGAAGAGACUCGUCGCCCGUCAGCGCGUCAAAGCGAUAUUCAGGGACGGCGGAAUGCUAUGGGCCAGACAGCCGAUGGGGCGCCGCUCGAUGCUCAACACGAUGCUCCUCCCAAGUAUACACCACCUCCGUCCUACACCACAGCCACUGGGGCGAGACUGGCCAAACUUCUACGGCAGAGCAUUCGGCGUAGCGUACGCAGGGUGCUUGGCGACUCCAGUCGUACUCGUCCUGUCCUGUCCAUCGAUGCGGAAUCUGCGUCACCCGUGUCACCGCCGGACUACCUGACCAUACUAACGAAUCCAGCGGGCAGCAGCUCGAAUGCGGAUCCUUCAACAGCGUCUAGUAGUAGUCCCGUGUCUAUAGAAAUCGGAUUGCGGCCGGCUAGUUACGCACAACGCUCGCAAUCGCUUGGCAGAAAGCUCCAUCGCUCGGAGACAUUAAACGAAGAGCGCCGUCCCUACACGGCAGAAGAUGUGGUGACCAUUUUGCGUUCUUCAGUGCGACAUCGUCAGGCGUCUAGAGCCGCGGGGGAAACCGCCAGCACCUUGCCACGUCCUCCCACAGCAGCCUCCAUGUCCAUUCAUAUGGAGGAUGUUUCAUUCCGCUCCAUUGAAAAUCUCGUACUGAAUGCCGAACCACUGGAUAGGACGCCAGGAGUGGAACUGGAUGUGGAAGAAGAGGCUGGGCAGGCGGACGAGUGUGCGCAAAAUAAUACAUCUGUGAUUUAACUGACUAAUAUCGUAGCGUAACUCUCUUGCGAAUUGCAUAUCCACUUGCUUUUUUAGACUUGAUUAGCCCUAGGUAUAUACAGAAUAUUAGCAAUACUUUUUAUUUACGCGAAUAAUAACAAGAGUAAUUAGUUGGUAUCGUCCGAAGACAUACUUUUUUAUC